CAACGGGAAUUGUUGAGGCGAUGGCUUGAUGGGGUGGAGGAAAUGAAGGCGAUGCCUCAGGGAGGCCGCGGAUGGCGGCGGAGCCGGCUUUGCGAGUGCGAGGCCGCGGAACCUCCCUCAGAGAGGCCUCAAAGGAGCUCCUUGGCAACAGCCAAAAACCCAACACAACCCACAACAUCGAUUUUGUAAACCUAGGGAGACGCCCUGCUCUUCACUGGGAUGAGCAGCAGAGAAAGUCAUUGCUGCUUGAGGAAGAAAAUGAGAUCUCCACCAUUGAAGACUUGGAAGAAAGCUUACGAAAACUAAAGGUUCAGGUGGACAGCUUAGCCUCCGGUCUAACUGUCCAUCCAGAUCAAGAUUACAGUUCUGCUCUGGAACCGAGUCCCUUAAGUUCCGAAUGGUACCCAUCAGGGUCACGCACUGAGACGGAAUGGCUACUGAAAGCAAAACAUCUUGCGAGAUCACUAGACGAUAACUUGAAUUUGAUGGGUUUGGCCAUUCCAACCCUAAAUUCAUCCCCACCAAACGAAACGUCAGGGUUUUUUGGCACUGUGAGUCGGAACUCUCCCGCCUUGGGGGAUCUUUCUGUCCCGUUGAAACUCGGGGCCCCUCAUGUGAUUGGCGUCAAGUCUUUGCUGCCCCCCAAGUUUCCAGUCCGAGCUUGCUUGCCAGAAAGAUCCUCGUUCACAUUCCGCAGAGGCCGUUCGCUUAGUCACUCGGAGGUUACCCGCUCCUGCUCCUUCUCUCCGGAUGCCAAACGUCCACGUUGGUUCCAAGCACGGUCUCAGUCUCCGAGGCCUAUCUGGAGACCCACCUCGGCUAAGGCUAAUGCCUGUGCCCAGCCUCCGCCUCAGCUGGGGAAGCCCAGGGGAGUCAGAAAGAAAAGCGUAUCAAGCAGACCAUCGCGGUUGAGGUUCUUCAGGCCAGGAACGUUAGCAUCGAAAUCCUGGACUUCCACUAAGGCAGAUGGACAGAGGACACCAAGGGAGUCUUGGAGUCCUUACAGUUUGGCUUCUUCUGAUAUCUCUUCGCCCACCGCAGAGGAGAUCAACAAACGCUUCCUGCAGACGCUUUCCGAAAGCACGAUGGGGAGAGACCUGAUUGAAAUGUCUCCGUACCAGAAGGAGCUGGCUCGUCUCCGACUCGAGCGCCUGCGCGUGGAGGAAGGCUGGCUGUUGGAAUUAAAGAGGCAGCAGGAAUUGGAACGAACCCGUGGCCCCAGGCCCAAGUGGUACGAAAUGAGGGACUCUCAAUUCCACUACGAAGCCCACAAGAACAACAAACUUCUGAGAAGCAGCCCAGAGAUACAGUCGGUCUUCGAUUAUAGGGGGGCUCUAUCAAGAGCAUCGAAAGAGUUCCAGCAGGAACAGAAGCCCACCUCCCUCAAGGUCUACUGGUAAAAGAGCCGAAGGAGACAUUGGACAUCAGAGGAGAUAGAAGAAAGGCAGGUCAGGAUGAGCAGGGCCUUCCUCUAUUCCCAGUGAAUGAUGGCUUGGUUUUUUUGGGUGGUGGGGUGGGGUGGCAGUAUGAUUCCAAGUGUCCAUCCCAGUCAUUUUUAUGCCUUGUUCUUAAUCACUCAGAGCUGAUUUAAACUUUGAGAAGUGCCACAGGACAGGUUCUCUUUUAGUGAAAUGAAAUGAAAUGAGCAAAGAUUCCUUGCUAGAGAAAGAGGUAACUGGAUAUCCUGGUUUACUGGGGAGAAUUUACGCAAAACAUCUCUGGGUUAAAGGCAGUUUGGGCUGUUUUCUGGCUUGGUGUGUGCAGAUUUGAUGUGUGUGUGUGUGCCUUUUUUCGAGACCCAAUUUGAUUGUCAUUGCCUUCAGUCUCAAAACUAGUUCAGCCAAGGACACUCACUAUGGAUUUUCUCUCAUUCGCUUUAACUUUUUGAUUAGGAGAGCACUGGGAAUUAAAAAAAAACUUGAUUACUGCUCAAGAAAAUCUUCUUUGGCUCAAGCAAAAAAAAAAAAAGAGAUAAAUAUUACACUAGAAGAAAAAACUGAGCAUGUACUGUACGUUUUCCAUUUUUUAUUAAAUGCUUUUAUACUUGG